AAAGUUGUCCUCUUUGGUGUGCUGUUACAUACGUAUGAUUACAAGCAACACUUGUCUCCCACUAUGCUCUUGGUUCUCUAUUCUCUGCAUAUAUAUUUGGAGCUUGAGAUUCUCUUAAUGCUCGUCAAAGUUUGGGUCUUUAUCUUUCUUGGAUGCGAUCUAGAGCCACAGUCCAAUGAACCAUACUUAGCAACAUCUCUACAAGAUUUUUGGGGUCGCCGGUGGAACCUCAUGGUUCCGGCGAUCCUCCGGCCAGCUGUUUACAGCCCGGUGCAGCGAAUAGCUGAAUGGAAAAUGAGCUCUGAUCACGCUAGGUUUUUGGCGGUUUUAGCGACAUUCUUGGUCUCCGGUGCAGUUCACGAGCUGAUUUUCUACUAUAUUAACCGUGAGAUGCCUACAGGAGAAGUCACUUGGUUCUUUGUGUUACAUGGAGUUUGCACGGCGGCCGAAGUAGUGGUGAAGAAGAGGACUUUUGUGGGGCGGUGGAAUAUGAGUCCGAUGGUUUCGCGACUACUUACGGUAGGGUUUGUGGUGUUGACCAGUGGAUGGUUGUUUUUCCCUCCUCUUAUAAGAGGUGGCAUGUUUGUGAGACUCCCUAACGAAGCCUUGCUGUUUAUUGAUUCUGUCAAGCACAAGUUCUUUACGUUUGGGUCAUAAUUCGUGGGUGUAUGUGUCUUUUAUUUGUAGCUGGAUUAUCAAACUAUAUUAAUUGGUGGAAUUUCAUAAUAACACUAAUUGUGAUUCGUGA